AUGGGACCUGAUCACCAAAUAGAGACAAAGUCUCCUGGCUUUGAGGAAAAGAGUGAAAACAGUGCAUAUUUUCUACGUCUUGGAUACCUCCAUCAAGGGUUCAGCAUAAGCCCCCUGUUUUUCUUUGAAAACGAUCAUGAAUCACCUCCAACAAGAUACGAUUUUGCUGGAGCUACCGAUUGGUCUUCCACUAGAGAAGAACGAGCACAUCACCAGGAAUAUGGUUGGGGUCCACCACCACCACAGUAUUAUCCCAGAUGGCCACAAUAUUACGCUUGGGGUCCACCAGCAUCAUAUUAUCCUGUUUGGCCACAAUAUUGUCGCUGGUGUGGGGGUCUAAUCUAGGGACUGGAUAUAAUAAAUUUGUAUAUUAUUCCCAUAUACUGUCUUGUGUUUUUGUUUCUUCUAUUACAGGUGGUGAAGGUUUUUCGGCUGGGUUUUUCUCCUUCACCUGAUUGGCAUCACAAUUGGCAGAAUUCCCAGCACUAUUGGCUUUACAA